GCAAAAUUCGCUAUAAUCUUGUUAGUUAAGUGAUUAAAUUUGUUAAUAAUUAAAAAAAAUGUCUGAAGAACCUCCAAAAAUCCGUUUUAAAAAUUCACAGUACAGCUAUAUUGAACCUGGUGGCAAAAAGCACGUCUUUAAAUCACUGAAACAAAUACUGGCGGUGGAGAAAACGCAACAGUGGCCAGAAGGCACAAUGUCGUACACCUCCUUUAAUGCGCCACCCUCUUUGCGACCACCCAAAAAAUAUUCUGACAUAUCAGGUCUGAUUGCGCCUUACACUGAUCCUCACUCGAAGUUGCGUUAUGCCAAUUCUGAAGAAUAUGCCGUGGUAAAGACUUUACCUUCCGAUAUUGUCGCUGGUUAUUUGGCAUUACGUGGCGCUAGUAGUAUUGUUGGCUAAUAAUUAACCAAUUUAGACUAAAUAGAGAUAAUAAGCUUAAUAAUUAAGAACGAAAUACAAAGUUAAUUAGCAGAAAUCCAAGAUCAUAAAUGCUGCAGUUUCCUGAAAAAUAUUUAGAAGUUUAAAUACAUUAAUUAAAUUCCGGAUACAUUUAAGCAAAUUCAAAAUUAUGGGUGAAUUGGAAACCAAGUAAGCACAUCAUGAUUUUUAAUAUAUGAGACAAUAGUAGUUACUUGAACAUUUUAUCAGUAAAUAGUUUUAUAGAACUACUUAUCACAA